GGAGGGAGUCGCAUGUCUACUUCAUUCGUUGGAGGAUUGUCCUCUAGAUGAAGAUGAAGAUGCAUUUCAGGGCCUAGGAGAGGAAGAUGAAGAGAUUGAUCAGUUCAAUGAUGAUACAUUUGGGUCAGGUGCAGUUGAUGAUGACUGGCAGGAAGCACAUGAGCGCCUGGCUGAAUUGGAAGAGAAGCUGCCGGUGGCAGUUCAUGAACAAACAGACAAUGGAGAAAGGGAUGAGAUGGACUUGUUGGGUGACCAUGAGGAGAACCUGGCAGAAAGGCUUAGUAAGAUGGUGAUUGAAAAUGAACUAGAAGAUCCAGCUGUCAUGAGGGCAGUGCAGACCAGGCCAGUUUUGCAACCCCAAUCAGGAAGUCUCAAUUCCAGCAUCUGGGAUGGAUCUGAAGUUCUGAGGCGAAUCCGAGGACCACUGCUUACUCAGGAAAUGCCUACAGUAUCUGUACUAGAAUAUGCCUUGCCCCAGAGGCCUCCACAGGGCCCAGAAGAUGAUCGGGAUCUUUCUGAGCGUGCAUUACCGAGGCGAUCAACUUCACCUAUCAUUGGGAGUCCUCCUGUUCGAGCUGUGCCCAUAGGCACCCCACCUAAGCAGAUGGCUGUACCCAGCUUCAACCAGCAGAUUCUGUGUCCAAAGCCUGUCCAUGUUCGGCCCCCAAUGCCACCACGUUAUCCUGCUCCCUAUGGUGAGAGGAUGUCUCCAAACCAGCUCUGCAGUGUCCCGAACUCUUCCCUCCUAGGUCACCCUUUCCCUCCUAGUGUUCCUCCUGUUCUCAGCCCUCUUCAGAGAGCACAGCUUCUCGGAGGGGCACAGCUACAGCCUGGACGGAUGUCUCCCAGCCAGUUUGCACGGGUGCCUGGGUUUGUCGGUAGUCCGCUUGCUGCCAUGAAUUCCAAGUUGCUGCAAGGGCGAGUUGGGCAGAUGCUUCCCCCAGCACCAGGCUUUCGUGCCUUCUUUAGCGCUCCACCCCCCGCUACACCACCUCCUCCACAGCAGCACCCUCCUGGCCCAGGACCUCACCUGCAAAACCUAAGAUCUCAGGCCCCAAUGUUUAGACCAGACACAACUCACCUUCACCCACAGCACCGCCGACUCUUGCAUCAGAGACAGCAACAGAAUAGAAAUCAGCAUCGGAAUCUGAAUGGUGCAGGAGAUAGAGGAAGUCAUCGGAGCAGUCAUCAGGAUCAUCUUCGCAAGGAUCCUUAUGCCAAUCUCAUGUUGCAGCGAGAAAAGGAUUGGGUCUCUAAAAUCCAAAUGAUGCAACUGCAAAGCACUGAUCCCUACCUGGAUGAUUUUUAUUACCAGAAUUACUUUGAGAAACUGGAGAAACUGUCUGCUGCUGAAGAAGUGCAAGGUGACGGCCCUAAAAAGGAGCGCACCAAGCUCAUUACCCCUCAGGUGGCCAAACUGGAGCAUGCCUAUAAGCCAGUGCAGUUUGAGGGCUCUCUGGGAAAGCUUACUGUCUCUAGCGUGAAUAAUCCUCGAAAAAUGAUCGAUGCUGUUGUGACAUCUCGGAGUGAGGAUGAUGAGACAAAAGAAAAGCAGGUUCGGGACAAGAGACGAAAAACACUUGUCAUAAUUGAGAAGACAUACAGUUUACUCCUCGAUGUGGAGGAUUAUGAAAGGCGUUAUCUCCUAAGCCUGGAAGAAGAGCGGCCUGCCCUAGUGGAUGGAAGAAAGCACAACAUUUGUAGCAUGUAUGACAACUUAAGGGGGAAAUUGCCUGGACAAGAGAGGCCAAGUGAUGACCACUUUGUACAGAUCAUGUGUAUCCGGAAAGGGAAGAGAAUGGUUGCCCGUAUUCUUCCUUUCCUCUCCACAGAGCAAGCAGCUGAUAUUCUCAUGGCAACAGCCAGGAACCUCCCUUUCCUUAUCAAGAAGGAUGCACAAGAUGAGGUGCUGCCAUGCUUAUUGAGUCCCUUCUCUCUCCUCCUCUAUCAUCUUCCGUCAGUGACUGUCACCAGCCUUCUGCAACAGCUAAUGAACCUACCUCAGAGUGCAGCUGCACCAGCACCCUCCAACCCUCACCUCACUGCUGUGCUCCAGAACAAGUUUGGCCUGUCACUGCUCCUCGUUGUACUGAGCCGUGGGGAAGACCUACAGAGUUCAGAUCCUGCUACAGAAUCAACGCAAAACAACCAGUGGACAGAGGUGAUGUACAUGGCAACCCGAGAACUUCUGCGGAUUCCCCAAGCAGCCCUGGCCAAGCCGAUCUCUAUACCCACAAACCUGGUAUCCCUCUUUUCACGCUAUGUUGACCAACAGAAGCUGAACUUGCUGGAGACAAAACUGCAGCUAAUUCAGGGGAUACGAUAAAAGAUCUCCAAAUGAUUAAAGAUCUCCAAAUGCAUCCGGUACCUCCUUUUGGCUGCCACCUGCACUGCUGCCAUCACCAAUGGAGUGUUUUUAAUGAGGGAGGGAAAGUAGCUUAUUCCCCAAAGCAAAAGUCUUGUGGGAUCGAGCCCUGUUUACAGGGAUUGUCUCUAAAUGGCCAGGUAUUUCCCCACUGCUCUGUGAAAUUGGUUGGGUGAUACUUCUGCUGGUUUCUUCUUAUCUUCUAUGUUACCAUUCUGCAUGCCCUACUUUUACUCAUUUCUUCUCAAUUUGGCAUUUUCUUUGCCCUAGAGAUCCAAAUGUAAUCUCUCCCUUUAUCCCACCACCACUACUCCAGUUCAGAGUAGAUUGUAGCCUGCCAAAGGAUUUCUUCCCUCAUCCUAUUGAAGUCUUUUUUCAUUGCCCUAUAUUAAUAUGACUAUAGGAGAGCCAGUUAAGUAGAAAUUGAUAUCCAUCUAUACACACACUCAACACUCCCCUAUACGUACAUUUCUGUGGUCUCCAGUGGGUCCUUAAAGAAUGAGUUUUGGAUUGGAAAAAUAUUCAGUGAUACACCCCUCCUUUAAUAACAGGUUUUUUUAAUUACAGUAUUUUUAAUCUGUUUCUAUUCUGUCUUAUAAUCAAUUUGGUGAGUUCUACUUGUUUUAAUAUAAACAAGGAUAUGCAGUACAUUUAAUAAAAUCAAAAGUCUUAAUUGGCUGAUGCUCAGCUCUAGGCUAAGAAGUCCUUAUUCUCUUCCCCACUUGUGUUUGUUUGGUUUCUGUCCAUCUCAGUAGAAACAGCGCACGGUUAAGCCUUUUCUUACCUGCAACAACUACAGCGUGCUUGAGCCCAUCCUCUCAGGUGCACGCAGAGCCCCCAGGAUGCUCCUCACUUAAGAGCCUGCUUCCGCAGUGUAGCUUUUUGCACACUCACCUUGUCUUCCUGAGACUAUUUCAGCAAGCCAUGCUUUUACUUCUCUGUUGCCCAUUUUUAUUUGGUGUCAUGGGUAGAAACCCCCAAAUGUAACCAUAGAAGCUAAGGUUGGCCUGCUUUGCCCCUCAUCUCCACACCAUGAGCAGAACUGCUGUCCUUGCUACUCCAUCUCACCCACGUCCCAUUCCCAGGCAGCCAGGGGCCUGGGUAUGAACCCUAGCAGGGCAGCCCGCCAUGAUCCUUUUUGCUUGCCCUCUCCCAUUCACCAAUCAACCAGGAUAAGGGGUUUUGAUCCCCAGUGAUUACAGCACUCAAGAAAAUCAAAUCUGAAUUAAUUUUACCUGACUGUCCUAAUCUACUCUCUGCUGUUCUCACCUUUUGGAAUGUAGUGGGGAGGACAGGUUAUGAUAUUUAAAGAGAAUAAACAUUUUGCACAUACACAUAUUGUACAACGGUAAAAUCCUCCGUUAUAACCAGUUGUCUGUGUUCUCCACACCCUCUCUUCUCUGUCUCCAUUUCUUCCCAGUCUGUAGCCCCAGGCUCCACCUACCUUUCCCCACUGACAUGACCUAGCUUCCCUCUGCCAUCACCUACUGACUCCUCAGCGUCACAGCUGAUCAAGUGAAUACUUGAUUAUUAUUUCUCCCUCUCCGUGCUUUAUCUUUUUUGUUUGGUUCUAAUUAAUGAAAAUAAAAGUUUCUAAAUUUACAUUUUUAUAGGGUAUUGUAAAUAAAAACAAAUUGUAUACUUGAAAAAAAUGUGUCCUUGCAUUUCUACUUUCU